CCAGCAUCGAGAUUGAUCUCGAUAAACUGUCCUGCAACAUAUGUUCCAAUACAAGCGACAAUAUGGAAUACGCGGUGCUAGCAGCAUAUUCUGAGGCGCUCAGCAGCACCUUGAGCAAACCUUAUCACCUCCCAGCAUUCACUGAUCCGCGACCGACGUUUCAUUAUACAGCAAGACAUCGAGACAACCAGAACCAUGAUGCUGGUUUGCCUAUGUGUGCUAGUGCUCGUAAAUUGUAGUUUCCUGGCUGUACAAGCCACUACACAGUGCGGUGUGAGACAAUUGAAGGUUCGUCGUUUAUUAACAAACGGUUACGAUACACAACCCGGAGACUAUCCGUGGCACUCCGCUAUUUUUCACCUAAAACCAAAACGAGAAUACGUUUGUGGAGGCACUAUAAUCUCCCCUAGAGCGAUCGUCACAUCGGCCCACUGUGUAACCUUACCGAAUCGAAAUGUGGUGCGUGAUGUGGAUGAGUUGUUAGUGAAGCUGGGCCUAUACACACUGCUAGAGGAUACGGAAUCGGUCCAGGAACAUUCGAUCGCUCGUGCUACCAUGCACAACGCAUUCACGCACGAAGCCUUCCAAAAUGAUAUUGCUCUACUCAUUACUCAGUCCCAGAUCAACUUCGACAGCUAUGUGCAGCCCGCAUGUUUACCUAAGAGAUCGUUACUAAGAGCAGCAGUUCCGGGUAUCGUCUUGGGAUGGGGAUACACAGAAGAUUUGAAUGUGGCAAACGUACUGCGCGCAGCAUCGGCACCGAUCGUGAGCCACCGUGAAUGCCGUGAGAGUAAUUCGGUUGCAUAUGGCAGUCUGCUGGAUGAAACAAUGUUCUGCGCGGGAUGGCGCAACGGUACUAAUCCUUGCAACGGAGACAGCGGUGGUGGUCUGUUUAUGCAAACCGAUUCCGGUAGGUGGAUUCUAAAUGGCAUCGUUACCGUCACUGCGGCAAACAAACAAAACGAAAACGCUUGCAGCACAUCAGAUUACACGGUGUUCGUCGAUGUAGCAAAGUACGUCACAUGGAUUGAUCAGCAGCUUCAGAUCCGCCGUGCUCCUACCACAAAAGGGUGCACCUGUGAUUCCCCUAAAAGCAAACGGUAUGUGGUGCACAACAAUAAACCUGUAACAUUCUUCGAAGCGUGGAGAUUAUGCCAACAUCUCGGACACGGACUUGCUACCAUCACCAGCAAGGCUGAUAGUGAAUUAAUUGCGGCGGCUAUCAAUACUUCGAGCUCUACUACCGGGCCUUGGUGGAUCGGUGGCACCGAUCUUGGCAAUGAAGGAAUAUUUACGUGGAUUUCCACAAAUAAGCUGGUCGGGCACGGAACAGGGUACCUCGAUUUCUCGCAUCACCAACCGGAUAAUCAUUCCGGCAAAGAACAUUGCCUGGAAAUAGGUCGAUGGGGUGGUGUUGCUUGGAAUGAUGCCCCUUGCGAAUUUAAGCAGAAUUACAUUUGUGAAUACAUUUCUUAAAGUUUUGUGUCCUUAAAUGGUUGAAUAAACUGGAAGAACUCGAUUGAUUAGG